GAUACGUCAGCAGUGCAGGCAUUUCGUCGUGCAGUGGUCGCCGACGAACGAUCAUUCACUCCUGAUCUGUUGGAUCAAGCCGACCAAGUCCUUCGCCGUGUAGUGGCCCCGGCGGAAUUGUGCGAAAAGUUCGCGGAAACAAUGACCCUGAUCAAGAAUGAAAAUGUUGUAAAAAUGGAAGACGACUUGGAUGUGGACGACGCACCGGACGAUUUUAUCGAUCCGAUCAUGGGUCACGUUAUGGAAGAUCCUGUCAAAUUGCCCACCUCCGGACACGUGGUCGAUCGGAAAACUAUAUAUCGUCAUCUAUUAAAUGACUCGACAGACCCCUUCAACCGGCAACCGCUUGCGAUGGCUCAGGUACAACCACAACCGGAGCUUCGUGCUGCCAUUCAGGCGUGGAUUGCCGAACGGCGUGCACAACACACUAAGCCAACUGUAUCAGACGCCGCAUUUGACCACUAA